AUGUUACACAGCAACGGUACGCCACCAAUAGAUAAGAAUACGAAUAACAACGGUGCUCGAUCAACGAAAAAAAUAAUGGGCCGUAAAAAAAUUAAUAUAACUCGUAUUAUUGACGAGCGCACUCGCCAAGUCACAUUUACGAAAAGGAAAUUUGGUCUAAUGAAAAAAGCGUAUGAACUAUCAGUUUUGUGUGGUUGCGAGAUUGCAUUGAUGAUAUUCAAUAGCAAUGACCGUUUAUUUCAAUAUGCAUCAUCUGAUAUGGAUAAAGUUUUAUUGAAAUAUGCUGAUUACAAUGAACCACAUGAAUCAUGUACAAAUGUCGAUAUAAUCGAUAUAUUAAAUAAAAAAUCAAAACCAACACAAGUAGCAACACCAAAUACUAGUGAAGAUAAUGAAAUUAUGGAUCAACAUGAUGAUAAUAGUGGCGAGCAAACUGAUAGUGGCAUAAGUAGUACGUUUACUAAUGAUAUUGAACAAAUGUUUGCUGACACAGUCAAUAAUUUUCUUAUUAGCAGCAAUCUGAAUUGUUCAUCAACCAAUGGACAUGAUAUGACAUUCCUUAAUAAUACGAAUACUACUGUUCUACCAGAUUUUCAAUACUUAACAUCUCCAUCAGGUGAACAACAACCGCAACCGCAACCGCAACAACAACAUCAGCAAAUCACAUCACCAACAACAAAAACAACGAAUCACAUUCCCAUUUAUCCUAUUCGGAAAUCUGUUGAUUGUAAUCAAUUUAACAAUAACAUUACCAAUAAUAAUCAUUCAAAUACAAACCAUAUCAAGCAACAACAACAACAACAACAAUUAUCAAUGAACAGUUAUACAACUCAACAACCAACGACAAACAUAGGUCGUAUUAUGACAGUUGGCCCAGAUAUGAGCGUUUCAGCUAUUGACAUAAGCGCAUUGGCAUCACAAUUGACAUCAAAUUUUUUAGCAUCAUUAACUAAUGCUGCUGUGGUAACAACUAAUAAUAAUAAUAAUAAUAAUAAUAAUAAUUCACUAACAAAUUUACCUAUUAAUAUAAUAAAUCGUGAUUGUCAAACAGCAAAUGUUGGUUCAGCACAAACAAUAAUGUUAACAAAUAGUCCGAAUUCAAUUAUUCUCACUGGACAACAACAGCAACAACAGCAUCAGAAUAUAAUGAGUCGAAAUUUAAUUAAACAAGAACCAAUUUUGUAUACAACAACAACAACAACAGCAGCUGCUAAUACUGGAAGAAAUGAGUUGUGCUAUGAGCCAACGAGCGCUAAAAUGGCUCGUUUAUGGCAAUAA